UUUUCGAUCUUGGCUACUUGUGCGGACGGACGUACCUGCGUACGUACGAGUAAGAAGUUUCUUACGAGCUUCUUCUUUUGAACUGGUUAUAUGUAUUCCACAACUACCCGUCGGUGCCCCCGGCCGUAAUUUUAGAGCUCGUCUGUAAAGUAGGUGAGAGCCCUGGUCGGUUUAGGUGUGCCUGGUUAUGUCGAAAGUGAUGACAAGGCUUCCGCUUUAUUAUAGGUUUCGUCCGCAUUGUAUGAACCAAACUUUUUUGAUAUAGUGCGUGAGACCAAAACCCAUCCUCCGAACCCCCCACCCUACCGUUACCGCUUAUUAUCACCUUAUUAUCGUGAGUAAUAUAUGUGGUCGAUGCCUUGCGCUCUUGGAGGAUAGAAACUUGGAACUGUGGGUGACCGCGGGUCAACACCACGAUGGAGUCACAGUCUAUUGCAACCGAGUGCACUAAUCUCGGUAAUACUAUUACCACAACUAACAAUAUACUUAAUGGCUUCGUCCGUGAGGUACGGGAAGCUCGAUCCGAUAUAGAUGGCGUUUCGCGCGAGUUGCACUCGCUGCAAAGCGUCCUGGAUUUCCUGAAGGAAGAUGCUGGUCUAUUUCCUCCGGAGUUGGCAGAGCGGGUGCCUGCGGUCCUCGAACAUUGCUAUAAUGUAGUGAAUCAACUGGAUGCAAGCAUAUCUACUUUGAACAGCGAAGAACUACCGAAGCAAGAGAAGAGAUCACAAUGGUUAGCCUCAGGAAGGAAAGAGACUGCGACGUUUAGAACCUCUCUGGAGGCGCACAAGGCCGUUCUUGGCCUUGCGCUGGAUCUAGUUGGAGCAACUACGAUUCGAGAUGUCACCUCCGACGUAGAACCCAACAAGCGAAAUACGAUACAAAGACAUCAGAAUAGCGCCGACGUUAUGGAAGAUGUUUCGCGAAUCCUAGUCGAGAUGAGCCAACUGCGAAUACGAUUACCUAGCGAAUUCGAGAAAAGAGAGGAUGAAUUUAGCCUUUACGAGUAUAUGAGCAGUUUGAAGUUAUAUGCCGAAAGAAUUGUCAGCGACAAGGAGAAUGAGCAUGAGGUCGAGCAAAGUAUUAAAGAACAAAGCAUUAAGGAGGGUGACCAAAGCCCAGACCAGGGUGCUUUUGUAGGGGAGAACGAGUUGUUCGGGGCUUACGUGGGCAACAAACCGGACAGCGCUAUCGACGUCAGCGUUGAACCCGUCUUCAAGACACUUAAUGAUGCGCUGGCGAAGCCUGAUGACGACAAUAUCCCAACAAUUGAAGAGUUAAUGGCGCACUUUGUUGGCAUACCCAGUCGAGCCCCGACUCCACCGCCGAAGGAUAUUAAGAGACUCGAGCAGGCUCGAAAUAAUAUGGUCACCCCGUUCGAACCAGUCCCAGAUUCGCCAACGAACCCGAACCCAUAUGGUGUUGUUACCGAGAUUAGUUCUGAAGGUCGAUCAUCAGGAUCGCCGCCUUCCGUGGCGAAAACUAGAGGUUUUGGGAAGUUCUUUGGACCUAUUAGACAUGCAAUCUCAGAUAACAGACCGCAAACACGAUCAACAACGUCGACGACUGGAACGGAUACUGUACCCGCAACUCCCAUCAUUCAGGCUAGUCUGGUGAGAAGAGGUAGCCAUAGACUGUCGGUGUCUUUCAAGAAAUUGCCAAUGUGGAGUCCAGAGCUUCUCGUGAACGAACCCGAAAGUCCAAGCUCCAAUGCAAUUUUCGGUGUCUCACUCCAGAAGAGUAUGCAGGUUGCGAAAGGAACCUCCAAGACACAUCACUCGGGCAACGGAGGGUCGUCUCGACGAGAUUUCCCUCUAUGCAUGCAGAAGUGUUGUUUCUUCCUGAAGAAUGAAGGAGUAGAAGCACCAGAUAUCUUUGCAGAACCAGGCGACGGUUACCGGGUGCAGAAGUUAAAGGACAUCUUCAGCAGUGCUCCGACAUACGGUGACGAUGUGAAUUGGAACAACUUUGGCGUAUAUGAUGCUGCUGAUUUGAUACUCCUCUUCCUUUCCCAACUCCCGAAACCCCUAAUUUCAGAAACACUCGCUAAGCGAUGGAUCGCCCUUUCGAGACAAGCCACACUCUCGGGCUCCCACGCCCUGCGACUCGACCAGUGCAUCGACUUCUGGGAAGAGGCACUCGGCGGUCUUCGGGGGCCAAGCCGUACGUUAUUCAAGCUGCUGCUCAAUCUAUGGGCCGAUGUUGCGCAGGCAGAAGAGAAGAACGAUAUGACAGCUGAACGCCUGGCCGGUGUUGUCAUUAAGCCUCUAAUGCAUAUCUCUUCCAGCAAAUACGAAACGGAUUACAUGCUGUCGCUGGCCUUCCUUAUUCGUAGAAGAGCAGAGUAUACCGAAAUGCUGAAGCACGACCAAACGCCGUCUAAACGAAAUCAAGCAGCAGAAAUUAAACGAAUUAGCCAGGCAGCGUGGUAAUUCAGCACCACACUUAAUAUUAUUCAAACUUACCAUCUUCAUCACAUCCCUCAUUAUCUAUCUGUUAUCUACCCCCUUACUUCCCCCUAACGGUUCACGUACGUAUUCGAUCGACAUGGAAUGUUUCGCAUAGGAAGAUACCCGGCGCAAUUCUCAUAUAUGAAAGUCGCCCCACCCAUUUACUCUUUUUUUUCUCUGGAAGUUGAUAGCAAAGUAAAGAAAUCGGCCAAAUUACAUAAUUAAAAGGCUUGAAGAAAUCUUCGAUCGUGGAGGUGGAUUAGGCGGUGGGGACGCGUCUUCGGUCAAGUGUAACGAAUUAAACACUUGAGAGGUUGGGGAGAUGAAUUGAAUGCACACGACCGGCUGACGGCGCGAAUGAUGUUGACUGGUUGGCUGACAAUCGGGUAACAGCACAUUUUUUAUAUAUCCUCCGUCUUGGCGAAGAGGCAUUGUAAUGCCGCCUUGUGGGUUUGCUGGAUUUCAAACAUGUUUGUCGAUGAUACCAGAACGAGUCAUAUAAGAGCUCGUUUUUUAUGUAGUUUAGUUCUUUAUGACCAAUAGCAUAGCAUAACUCUAGUACGUAUUGAAAUAUGAAAUACCUAUAUAUACGUAUCUUGAUUGAACGAAGGUUCGAAUUGCGAAUGUGUGGUGUAUAUAAUCAUUGAUUCUUUAUGCUUGGCAAUUAAAU